AAACAACUAGAGUGGGCAUGUGCUAUGCCCUCAGCAGUCCAAAGCUCUCAGGAGGCCGACAGCUACUCCACUCCCAGCCCUCACCAGGACGAGUGUGCCGCUGCCACCCUUCCUGAGAGGUUUUCAAUCAGCCCUGAGCUCUGGAGAAAACUGGAGCAGCACAUUCAAAAGUGGAUCACUGAACAUCAGUGGGACCUGCUCGGCAGGAUCCAGGAGACUGCAGAACUGACACAGCCUCAGUGUGACUCGGCUGGCUCAUGUCAGGCAAAGAACAAAGCCGGGCCCUCACAUUUGUCCGUGUCUACAUCUGAGAGCAGCAAGGAUGUGCAGAAGGUGAGGUUCCAGCUAAGGCAGGACUUGGACAGGAAUCUUGGGCAUAUUCUAGGCAAAGUCCCGGAAGAUCUCCCCAGGGCCUUAGGAAGCUCCCCCAAGAAGGUUCAAGGGGUGACCUCUGAGGAGUCAGAGAGAAGCCUGAUGAGGCCCACAGACAGACAGAGCAGAAAUUAUUCACCAAGAGGAACAGACAUGGAGCACAUAGCAGGCAUACUGAAAGUGCAUUUGGAUGUGAAGAUGGGGCAGAUCCACAAGGGCCUGAUCCCGCUGAGAGUGCGCCGGUCCUGGCUCGCUGUCAAUGGCGUCUUUUUCACCUCAGAAACCCACAUGGAGACCAGAAGGCCAGCAUCCUCUAGGGCUCGGGAAACUUGUGUAAGCCCCGUUCAGAAAUUUUCCUUCUCCAGCCCAUGUGCUCUGCAGGACCUGGACACGCACAUCACAAAGAUUAGGGUGAGGCGCAGGUGGGGCCUCCCCCUCAAGCUUCUCAAGGCCAUAAACGUGUUUAAGCCCACAAGGGCUC